CCCAAUUUGCAUCUGGCAGCACUGAGUAAUUGUGAUACCAAAUAAAUAUCUGGCCAGGAUCGGGGACCAAAACCCGGGAAAAAGGAGCAACAGGACCGCCUAAAGAAGCAUGACACCGCCACCGACGACAGCGCAGAACGUACCGCAGCCGCAACAGUUCGAGAACACCUCGCUGCCGCCGCCGCCACCACCGCCAACGGGGCAAAACAUAGCGCCGUCGGGCGCGUUUCCUGGUUCACUUACACCCGGCUGGAAUGAUCCGCCGCCAGUGUCGGCAGACGCUUUCACCAGCAACGCGGGCAGCCGACGCCCACGUCUCGAUCUCCGCAAGCGCGUGGCCCAUCCGCUGGACGGACAGCCCGGCUACGUGGCGGCACCAGCAGAGAUAGCCUCACCCCGACCAGUGGCCAUGGUGCCGCCCCAACGUCAGAUGCCGUAUCCAGAUGCCAAAGGCGGCUCAGGUGCAGCAGCAGAUGCGGGUCCAGGAGCGGGAUUGGCCAAUAUGCGACUGCCACCGUUGGCGCAGGAUAUAAGCGUCGAUCCGUCCAGAGUGCCUGUGGCCAGGGUUACGCCACGGCAGAAGUAGCAGACAGACGAGGCGAGGCGAGGCAAGGCAAGACGUUGCGUGUUUAUCACGUCCAUAGGUUAAGGUACUCCACUCCAAAUUGCUGUGUUCCGGGCGGGGGGCAAGAAAAUCAAUAUUUUUCUAUGUAAAUCCACUUAAGGCAUUAAAAUACCAUAUAAAAUGAAAGGGCCGGGUAAAAUGAGCCCCUAAAUCCUGCAA